AUGUGCACCAACAUAGUCUACGAGUGGCUGAAGACCCUGCAGCUCCCCCAGUACGCGGAGUCCUUCGUCGAUAAUGGCUAUGACGACCUGGAGGUUUGCAAGCAGAUCGGGGACCCGGACCUGGAUGCCAUCGGCGUUGCCGUGCCCCACCACCGGCGCCGGAUCCACGAAGCCUACCCCCGGCUGAAGCUGAAGAUCAUGAUCCGGGACAAGCUCAUCCGCGACGGCAUCAACCUGAGUAAACCCCCCUACUCCAACAAGCGAUGGCUUCUCUCAUCUUUUGUUAAAGGUCAUAUUUUAGUGUCAGUUUCUGUUGGCGAAAUGGCUCAUGAACCAAGUGGUAAUGUGACUGGAGGAACAACUCCUGCUGCUGCCUGGAUUUAUUUACUGGAGGAUGGUAGUGACUGGUGA